UUCACAACUCCCAAGAUUGACCGUUAAACUCUUACAAUCUUCAAGGCUCUACGAUUUCCGACCUUCCACAAUCUUCCUCAUCGUCGCUUCCGAACUUUCAUUUGCCCUUUUUCCAUUUUUGGGGGAGGUCGGGUAAACGAUGGGGACGAUUGAGCUUUACCGGAGGUCAACUAUCGGAAUAUGCUUGACGGAGGCUUUAUAUGAGAUGGUUUCAAACUUUACUCUCGGCCCUGAGCUCGCUAUUCGGGUUAUCGUCCACUUCGAUAAGUCUAUGGCUGAAGCCCUGGAAAGUCAAGUGAAGAGGACGGUUGCCUUUAUGGGACAUCUGCACACCUAUAGAUUCUGCGACGGUAUUUGGACUUUCAUUUUACAGAAUGUUUUGUUUAAGAUGGACGGUUCUCGGGAGAAUGUCGGUUUGGUGAAAAUAUUAGCAUGUGAUUCAGAGUUACUCUUAAAAUGACAUAUUAAUCAGUGUUAUCUCUGACGAUAGUGGGAAGGAGAUGAUUGAUUGACACCGGACAUACGUUACAAAGCCAUCAACCUUUAUCUGACGAUUUUUUCUAUGUACUUACUUGUAUAGUAUUUCUUUCUGAUAACAUAAUGUACAACAGUGAGAAUUUUAGAACAAAACGAUGAUAUUCUGACAAGAGUCGUGUCUCUUUCAUCUUUCUUUGAUUGUAUUGAUUUUUUCCUCUUCCAGUUAUUAUGUACAUCUGUUUAGACCUGACAAU